UUCUCAAUAAAAAUGGCUUCUACAAAUAUUGUCAACUUAGAGAAGUGACUUCUAGAAAUGAUUGUGAGAUCGGUCAAUUGAAAUAUCAGCUUACAGAAUACUAUUAUAAUAUUAAUCAGUUAAAGGAUGUGAUUGCAAGGCUUGAUAAUAAGACAUUUUCGAUUACAAAUUCUAUUUAUAAGCAGGAUAUUGGUGAAGAGGAUACUGGUUUUAGAAUCAUAGGUAAUGCUAGAGAAAGAGGCAUUUCUGGCUCUGAUAAUAUCAGUGAUAAUGAUAGUAGCGAUUGCAAAGUCUAA